UUUUCUAAAGAUGAAGCACAAGAAAGCCCACAAACAGUUUGCUGAAGACCAGCAGACCAAGAACAUGGAUUACUGGAACCAUAUCCUGUAGUCCGAUGAGACCAAGGCAAAUUUAUUUGGUUCAGAUGGUGCCAAGCAUGUGUGGCAGGAACCAGGGUUCCAGGCGACACGUGAUCAGAUUUAGUUCCUCUAUCUGGGGGGUUCACCAGGAAGUCCCAGGUCUGGACCUUGUACAUAUUAGUACAGUUGGAGGCAUAAGACAUCAGAAAUAAAAAUGUCACGUCCUAGCAGCAUGUCACCAAGUCCUAGCACAGUGAUGAAACCAGGUGCUUUCAAAUCUGCAAAAGCAAAAGGGCUAAAGGAUAUUCGUAUAGAUGAAGAGGUGAAGAUUGCUGUUAAUAUUGCACUGGAUAGAUUUCGUUAUAACGAUCAAAAAGAAAUGGAAUUCCCUUCUUCUCUGACCAGCACUGAAAGAGCUUAUAUUCAUCGUCUUGCCCAGUCACUUGGACUAAUAUCUAAGAGCAGAGGAAAAGGCACUAAUAGGUAUUUAACAAUAAAGAAGAAGGAUGGCUCAGAAUCGUACAAAUCUCGAAUGUCCUGCUGCCUGAUACAGAACACAAAGCAUGCCAUGAGGAGCUUCAUUCAGCGGUUUCCUGUGACCAAUAAGGAAAGAACCGAACUGCUACCAAAGACAGAGCGGGAAAAUGUGUUUUUAGAAACUGAGAGCCGUGAGAUGAGCAAAACCAGCGGACGACUAAGCAAUGGUAUUCCCCAAGUCCCAGUGAAAAGAGGACAUUCUGACUUUGACACUUUCCGUCAGUCUUUACCAGUAUUUGAAAAGCAAGAGGAAAUUGUUCAUAUUAUUAAGAACAAUAAAGUUGUUUUGAUUGUUGGAGAAACAGGAUCGGGAAAAACUACCCAGAUUCCUCAGUUCCUUCUUGAUGACUGCUACAGAAAUGGAACUGCUUGUCGAAUCUUUUGCACCCAGCCAAGGCGUUUGGCUGCAAUUGCUGUUGCUGAAAGGGUCGCUGCUGAAAGGGGAGAGAAGAUUGGUCAAACAGUCGGUUACCAAAUUCGUCUAGAGAGCCGGGUUUCACCAAAGACUCUUCUCACUUUCUGCACUAAUGGAGUCCUGUUGAGAACUCUAAUGGCUGGAGAUUCUACACUUUCAACUGUAACUCACGUUAUUGUGGACGAAGUUCAUGAACGUGAUCGGUUCAGUGACUUCCUGCUAACUAAACUCCGAGAUUUGAUACGGAAGCAUCCAACUCUGAAACUGAUUCUCUCUAGUGCAGCAUUAGAUGUAAACUUGUUUUUGAGAUACUUUGGAGGCUGCCCUGUCUUGUACAUACAAGGUAGACCCUUUGAAGUAAAAGAACUGUUUUUAGAAGAUAUUUUAAGAACUACAGGCUACACAAAUAAGGAUAUGCUCAAAUACAAGAAAGAGAAACAGUGUGAGGAAAAGCAAAAGAUGACUCUAUUUGAGUGGCAUUCAGCAAAAGAGAACAACAUAAAGAGCGACACCCAAAGGCAACGAAACAUUACCAACAUGGCUGAGGAGUACGAUUUACUGGAUGAUGGCGCGGACUCUGUAUUCAGUCAGCUGACCGAGAAGGAUGUGAAUUGUCUGGAGCCCUGGCUGAUAAAGGAAAUGGACUCUUGUCUCUCUGAUAUUUGGCUUCGCAGAGAUGUAGAUGCGUUUGCUCAGCUUUUCCAAUUGAUAUUCACAGAAAAUGUCAGCGUCGAUUACAGACACAGUGAAACAAGUGCAUCUCCUUUAAUGGUGGCUGCUGGUCGUGGCUUUUUAAGCCAGGUAGAGCAGCUCAUUGGCAUGGGAGCCAACAUCCACAACAAAGCUUCAAAUGGAUGGACAGCUCUGGACUGGGCAAGACAUUUUGGACAGACUGAAGUUGUUGAUCUCUUGGAAUCCUAUAGUGCUUCCUUGGAGCCCAGAAGUCUUGAUGAAAGUUCUUUGGUGCAAGAUGAAAGCAACAGCUUAAGUGUGGAGGAACAAGAGCUUCUCAAAGCUUAUCACUACAGUUUUGAUGAUGAAAAAGUGGACCUUGACCUGAUAAUGCACAUUAUUUAUAAUAUUUACCAAAAUUCUGACUCAGGGGCCAUACUAAUAUUUCUACCAGGGUAUGAUGAAAUAGUUGGGUUAAGAGAUCGUAUCUUGUAUGAUGACAAGAGGUUUGCGGAAAAUUCUCACAGGCAUCAGAUAUUUAUGCUGCACUCAAACAUGCAAACUGCUGACCAGAAAAGAGUUUUGAAGACCCCACCAGACGGUAUUAACAAAAUUAUACUUUCCACCAACAUCGCAGAGACCAGUAUUACAGUAAAUGAUGUUGUGUUUGUGAUCGACUCUGGCAAAGUGAAAGAGAAAUCUUAUGAUGCUCUAAACCAUGUGACAAUGCUUAAAAUGGUUUGGAUUUCUAAAGCCAGUGCCAUCCAAAGGAAAGGAAGGGCUGGACGCUGCCGACCUGGUGUCUGUUUCCGCUUGUUCAGCAGACUUCGAUUUCAAAAUAUGUUGGAGUUCCAGACCCCUGAACUACUGCGGAUGCCUCUUCAUGAGCUUUGCCUGCAUGCAAAAUUACUGGCACCAACAAACUCUCCGAUUGCAGAUUUCUUGAUGAAAGCUCCAGAGCCACCACCAACUUUAAUUGUUCGUGAUGCGGUACAGAUGCUGAAGACAAUUGAUGCCAUGGAUGUUUGGGAGGAUCUGACCGAACUUGGCUAUCACUUAGCUGACUUACCAGUUGAACCUCAUAUUGGCAAAAUGGUGCUGUGUGCAGUUGUUUUGAAGUGUUUGGACCCUAUACUUACUAUAGCUUGCACUUUAGCAUAUCGAGAUCCAUUUGUCUUGCCAACUCAGGCUUCCCAGAAACGUGCAGCAAUGCUGUGCAGGAAGCGGUUUACAGCGGGGACAUUUAGCGAUCAUAUGGCUUUGCUUAGGGCUUUUCAGGCUUGGCAGAAGGCUCGGAGUGACGGGUGGGAAAGAGCUUUCUGUGAAAAGAAUUUUCUGUCUCAGGCUACAAUGGAAAUUAUUAUUGGCAUGAGAACUCAGCUUCUUGGGCAGCUCAGGGCAUCAGGAUUUGUUAGGGCUCGUGGAGGAGGGGACAUAAGAGAUGUAAAUACAAACUCUGAGAAUUGGGCUGUAGUAAAAGCUGCCCUUGUGGCUGGUAUGUAUCCAAACCUAAUCCAUGUAGACAGAGCGAGCAUGCUGCUCACCAGCCAUAAGGAAAAACAUGUACGCUUCCAUCCAACUUCAGUUCUAAACCAACCACAAUAUAAAAAGAUCCCUCCUGAAAAUGGACAGGCUGCUGCUAUCCAAGUUUUACCUACCGACUGGCUGAUCUAUGAUGAGAUGACCCGCGCACACAGAAUUUGUAAUGUUAGAUACUGCACAGUAGUUACACCUGCGACUAUAGCAAUCUUCUCAGGACCUGCCAGACUACCAAGUAAUGCUUUGCAAGAGCCAUCUUCAAAUCGAGCUGCACAGGAUGGCACUGAGAGCAGUGACAGUGAGGUGGAGGACAAAACCACAACUAUGUUAGCAACACUAAAGCUGGACGAGUGGUUACAUUUUAAGCUUGAUAUAGAGUCUGCUAAUUUGUUGCUCCAACUGAGGCAGAAGUGGUAUAGUUUAUUUCUAAGACGAAUGAAGGCUCCCUCAAAACCUUGGUCACAAGUGGAUGAGGCCACCAUCCGGACAGUCAUUGCUGUGUUAACUAGUGAAGAGCAGUCAGCAGGUUUACAGCAGCCCUCUGGAAUUGGGCAAAGACCAAGGCCAAUGUCUUCUGAGGAGCUCCCUGUGUCCUCUUCUUGGAAGACAAAUUUUAGUCGUAAGAGUUCAGCAGAAACAGACUUCGCUGAUGACUUCUGUAGUUCAGACAGCAGCAGAAGUCUAAAAUCGACAUCCUUGACUUUUUCUCAACAACCUCCAGUUAAAGAGAGGGUUUUACUUCAUUCAAGACGACUUGAAGAAAAAACAGAACAGUUGUCCGCAAAAUAUCCUGAACACAGUAGCUGUUCUAGCCCUCGUGCCAGCCCUUCUUCACCUGCCUCUACCAAGAGCUCAAACUCUUCACCACGGCCUUAUCUGCCCGUGAGAUACUUUAUAAUGAAAAGUAGCAACUUGAGAAACCUUGACAUUUCCCAGCAAAAAGGAAUCUGGUCUACAACUCCAAGUAAUGAACGCAAGCUGAACAGAGCAUUCUGGGAGAGCAGCGCCGUUUAUCUGAUAUUCUCUGUUCAGGGAUCUGGACAUUUUCAGGGCUUUGCUAAAAUGUGUUCAGAGAUUGGGCAGGAGAAGAGUCAAGAUUGGGGAUCCACCAGUCUUGGGGGAGUGUUUAAGGUUGAAUGGAUACGGAAGGAGAGUCUUCCUUUUCAACAAGCCCACCAUUUAGUGAACCCAUGGAAUGACCACAAGAAGGUCCAGAUAAGUCGUGAUGGACAGGAACUAGAGCCUCAGGUUGGGGAACAGCUCUUGCUUCUGUGGGACAGAGUUCUGCUGGGAGAUAGAAGUGUGUCUUAUUGAUAGGAGCCCAAUCCCAUGUGCCAUUUUAUUUCAGUUUUGACAAGCUGAAAUGGCUGUGAAUAUUUGGAAUGACACUAUUUUCACUAAUUGGUUUCCGUUAAUUGCACGUAAUUGUUUACAAUCAGCUAGUUUGUAAGAGGCCAAUGUCACAAAUAGGCUUUAUUACAAAUGCACUAGACCUGGAUGGGCAGUUCUUGGAUUUAGAAUUUGGAUUUAAAGUGCUGGUUAAUACAACUGGAGAUCUAAUUUAGGUGGCUGGAUUAUGGAUUAUGGUGCCCAUUAACUGUCUCUGAACAGAAUACACUGUAAUGUUCCUUACAUUUUCUAAAGCAAAUUGCACUGUUUUAAAUGUUCUAUGUUAAUUUAAUGACAUUUUCAGACUGCACAUUAUGGAAGUUGUAAUCAGCAGUUAAAGUCUGGUUUUAUUUAAACAAUGUAAAAUGAUGGUGUUUCUUACGCUCUACAUGUCAAUGCAUUAUUAAGUGCGUGAUCAUAAAGUGGUCAGUAUGGAGAACCAAUAUUAUAUUUUUGUUGGGAGUAUGGUCUAUGCAUAUAUGUUCAAAACUGCUGUACCUGUACAUGGUAUACCUUCCAAGUAGUAGAUAUAAUGGAAAAAUUCUAAAACAAGAAUUUAGAAGAUCAGAUUUUCCCCAUGUAACAUUUCAAAAUAAACACAUCAGGGAAAGCCACCAUGAAAAUGUCAGAGAUCCCUGUAUCUACUGCUGCAGCCUGUCAGCAUUCUACUGGUUUCACACCUAAGACUGGAAAACUACCUUCUACUAUUAAAUAUAGCACCAUUUAAAAGGUUCUUAGGGAAAGAAAGAAAUGUGAAUAAAGUAAGAGAAUGUAAAUGUUCUACAUUUUGUUUAACUGUGGUCCUUAUAGGGGUACUCCGACCCUAGACAUCUCAUCUGUCAUUUCUGCACAGAGCAAACUCGCUCUGUGCAUAAUGACGGGCAAUACAGGGGCCGGAGCAUCGUGACUUCACAGCUCCGCCCCUCAUGACGUCACAGCCCGCCACCUCAAUACAAGUCUAUGGGAGGGGGCGUGGUGGCCACCACGCCCCCUUCUAUAGACUUAUAUUGAGGGGGCGGUGUGUGAUGUCACUAUGCUCCGGCCCCUGUAUUGCCGUCAUUACGCACAGAGCGAGUUUGCACUGUGCGCUAAUGACAGGUGGGUGCUGCAGCCGAGAUCCCGGGGGUCCCCAGCAGCGGGACCUCCAUAAUCAGACAUCUUAUCCCCUAUCCCCUAUCCUUUGGAUAGGGGAUAAGAUGUCUAGGGGUGGAGUACCCCUUUAAUAAUUGAAAUCUAGACCAUUGCUUGCAUAGGGUAGGAAGAAUUUCUUAUUUAUGUAUUUUCUAUUGACAUGAGAUGCUUCCAUAAGGUUGGGCAUGUAUAAACAUUAUAGUGCCCAUAUGUAUUUGAGUUUUAUCUUAAAAGAAAGAUUCUAUUUAGAUUUUUUUCUGUUUCAUUGCAUAGAAAUACAACACUUAUGUGCUGUAGAAAACUAAGUUAAGGAAAUGUAAAAUGUAAUGUUUUGUCCACUGCCAUAAAUGUAUAAUAUAAACUGCUUCUACUCAUUGUUUUGACUAGUGUCGUAUAAACUUAAGACCGAACAGUGUUCCAAAUUACACAUUGCACUUGUAUAUUUACAUUGUUUUUUACUACCAUGUUUUACUGUUCACUUGUUUAACUGUGAAAACAUUGUACACGUUUCACUCUUCUGCCCCCUUAAUUUGCAGACCAUUGUACCAUCUUACAGCAGUGUGUAGUUGGUCAAUAGGCCUCUAACUGCAGACUCCUGUAACAUGUCCUAGUUCUGUAUUCGGAUCAAGCUGAUCACCAGCUCGGACAUCAGUGCAAUCCUUCUGCUCUGUUUCCGUUUUUUUUUUUUUUUUUUGUAAUGAUAAAAGUAUGUUUAUUUAUCUAAUAGUACUUUAUAUACAUUAUAAUUGUUCCUAGUUAAAUUGAUUUCCUGAGGCCAAAACUUUUCUCUACUUUGGUGCUACCCUAGAAAAGUAUAGUUUCAAAUUUAUGCUAUGCCUAUAAUGUACUGCCUUAGAUGACUGUAAGGUCAUAUAUAACCUUACUAAAGUUGUGUUUUUUAUUUCUGGAACUAGACAAAAUCUAAAAGGUUCUUAAAAAGGCUACGUUCACACAGCCGCUGUGCUCUGUUAAAAAGAGCUCUAUCGCUCAGUUCAUGAAUAAAAUACUGCAUGUCUGCUUUUUUUUUUUACCUGACAUUCAACUAUUCCCAUUCAAGUCAAUGGGAUAUGUUGGGACCCAGCGGUGUCAGUUGUGCUCUGACCCAUUCAAGGUCAGUUCAGCUCAUAAAAAAUAAAAAAAAACACUCUGAAAGGUGUACAACUGCAGUUUGAAUUUAGCUUUAACAAUGACAUUUUGCGCCAAGUUAUGAAUUUCAGUGAUCUUCACAUAUGUAGGUGUGUCCAGAAGGUGAUAUAAGGGAUCUACAGUAUCACUCUUCUACAGUUUCUGGAAAUGUAGAUUGUAAUUGUGUAUUUUCUGAACAUCAGCUGCACUUAUACACUUGUUUAUAACUGCAAUAAAGUUUCAUUUUCAA